AUGUUCCGUUCCUUCAGAUUAUCGACUGCAGCCUCUUCUUGGUGGUGUGUUCUGCCUAUAAGCCGCUCCCGCAGCCUCACGACUCUUCCGGACGAGAUUAACGACGAUCUCUUAAUCCCCAACACACCUCAAUAUUCUAGGCUGCUCAGUAAAGCGUCCACUAGCUUGUCUGCAUCAUCGAAUAAUCUCACUGACAGCAACAUUAUUUCAAAUCAGUCUCGGAAACACAACGUGAACAAGGGUAGGACGACCCAGCGACACCGUCAGUCUUGUCGCAGCCCGUCUCGGGAGGUCUCGCAAGUGACGUGCGGCUCGUCCCUUUGUGCCAAGUUGGACUCCACACUGACCCAAAACUAUGAACCCUACGAGACCCCACACUAUUACACAUUCCAUCUGACCCUGCGCAGCCCCUCCAACGGACUACCACGUGGCAAGUCUCUGACCCACAACAGGUGUGGGAGGAAUUAUCGGAGCAGCUGCAACUCGGAAUCUGAUCAAUCAAAGACUCAUAGGUGUUCAGGGCUCGGCAUGAAUAUUCCUGGGAAUACUGGCAGCGUGAUCAGCGCUGAAAGGGAUGCUAACAAGGUCAAAACGGAGAAUAAGAUUAAUGUAGGCGAUGGCACAAGAAAUGAUGAUGGAAUGCCAAGUGACGAUACCAAGAGUCCCGCCACCAACCAGUCCUUCAGGACAGAGACCACCCAGGACACUGACGGAAAGGAAGCGCCAGGUCACGAUCAGAAGCUGAAGCUGAGGCACCCGUCAGAUGAGGUGAAAUGCAUUUGUUUCGGCAUCGUGGAUUACUUGAAUACGGUGUUCAAGGAGGUGGACCAGGACGCUUUUUGGGAGAGUUGGUGUGGAAACUACGGCCCAGUGCUCACUUCAGCUCCUCCCACUGGCAUUUCUGACUCUGAAUCAGAUAUUGAGCCUCUUGCAGUCUCUCUCAGCUUUCCUCUGAACUACUCGGGUGGCACCGGGUAUGAGGGCGGCGGCACUCCGAUGAGAAGCAAGCAAUGCCUCAAACUGAUCCGUUGGAAGAGCUGUCAUGAGCUGUUGUCACACCGCAGACCGAAAACUCUGAAGCGCCAGCUGACAGACUGUUCUUUUCAUGGAAGAUUCUCUGCAGGAAUGGUGGAAGUAUAUGACGGUAACCUAGGCAUAUCCGUGGUCCCUGUGUCUAUUGGAAAUUGCAGCAUUAUCUCCCCGAAUCUUCGCACGAACAUAAUUCCAAGAAAUUUUUCUGUGGAAAAGGGGAGGGUUUGUUUUAAGGGUCCAGCAUCUUCACCGCCUUCGCUGGUACAUAGUACUAAUGGAAAGCAGUGCGUGGAGCACAGCGGCAAAAAGAUGAUGUUCUUGUCUGACAAGCUUGUUGUGGAUGGCAGCAGGAGACUCCUUGGUGUCGUCAAAACCGCUCAUGGGACUAAUGAAGGCAUUCACCCAUUCGACACUGGUGUCUUUCAAGAGGAAGAUUUUGGAGGGGCAUUUGUGACUGAUAGGCCUUUACCAAAUCAUCCAACUCCUUCAACCUCAGCAACCUCACAGGGAGCAUCAGGGCAGCCGGACCUUCCACCACCAACUCAGCAGCAUCCAAAUUCGACUGUUCAUACACCCCAGCUUGAUCAACCAUCAAGAGUUCAAACACAAGUCUCUGAUCCUCAGCAGUCCCAGCAAACUUCAGCUACUUCAGAUUUAAACAGAGAUAAGGAAUCAGCGAUUAUAGGCCUACCAUCUGGAGAAACAGCAACUGAUGAAUGUUCUCUUCAAGCCAAACCUAUUUCAAACCCUGGCCAUCAACUGCAGGUUUCUCCUCGGGAUAUUCGACCCCUCCCAAAAGCUGCACCGAGGAAAGGGACAGUUAAAGUAAAGAAGGCAGGAGCACCAGAGAACACCAAGGGAACACCCGAAGACCACAGCAGUGAUGAAGACACACUUGAAACAGAACACCUCCUUGCUGAAGAGCUCAACAAGUCUUCCGACUUUUCAGAGGAGGAAAUCGACACCCCAGAAGUGGACUUCAUUGACAAAUUCCCAGAGAAAGGAGACUUUGUUGUUGUUGGAAUAGACCCAAUAAAAGGAUUGUUCAAUGUUAUAUUUGUCAUUAAAGAGAUUUAG